AUGAUGGGGGAUGGUAACAGUAGAAAGUAUGGCCUCUUACAAGAUCUAUUAUUGAUCGUUGUUUCUACUGCCUCUUUUUAUUACGUCGCAAAGAGUCUAAUACCGGCUCUACCUUUUCAGAACGAUGCUGAGAAGGAACAACACGAAGAAGCAAGAUUAAAAGCCGCGGCGAACCUGCGAAGAUUAAACAGAAGGGGUAGUGAUGAUGAAUCAGAUUUAGAGGAAACAGUCUCGGGGAGAGGAAAGUCUCGCCGUCCUCGCAAAGAGGACUUGAUCCUAGAUCAAUAUGAAAACCAGAUUGCCAUGGAAGUUGUAGCUCCAGAGGACAUUCCUGUCGGUUUUGAUGACAUUGGUGGUCUGGACGAUAUUAUCGAAGAAUUGAAAGAAUCCGUUAUAUACCCUCUUACGAUGCCUCAUUUAUACUCGCAUUCAUCCCCUCUUUUAUCUGCACCUUCUGGUGUACUAUUAUAUGGUCCUCCAGGAUGCGGCAAAACUAUGUUGGCAAAGGCUUUGGCGCAUGAAAGUGGAGCUUGUUUUAUCAACCUACAUAUCUCGACUCUGACAGAAAAGUGGUAUGGUGAUUCAAAUAAGCUGGUCCGCGCAGUAUUUUCUUUGGCCAGAAAGCUGCAACCCAGUAUCGUGUUCAUCGAUGAAAUAGAUGCAGUAUUGGGACAAAGACGAAGUGGUGAACAUGAAGCCAGUGGUAUGGUCAAAGCAGAAUUUAUGACACUCUGGGAUGGUCUCACUUCAUCGAAUAAGAGCGGAUUACCAGCUAGAAUUAUGAUUCUCGGUGCUACAAAUCGAAUUCAAGAUAUUGAUGAGGCAAUCUUACGAAGAAUGCCCAAGAAAUUUCCUGUUUCAUUACCCUCGAACUCCCAGAGAAGACGUAUCUUGAAUUUGAUCCUCAAAGAUACAAAAACAGAUCCAGAUAACUUCGAUAUUGAAUAUCUUACAAGAGUUAUGGCUGGUAUGUCAGGAAGUGAUAUCAAGGAGGCAUGUAGAGAUGCAGCUAUGGUUCCAGUUCGAGAAUUUAUCAGAGAACAGAGGGAAAGAGGCAUAUCCAUGAGUGGCGUUGACCAUUCGAAUGUUCGCGGUGUACGGACAGAGGAUUUCUUCGGUAGAAAAGGGGGCGGCCAAAUUAUCAAGGACAAUCAUGCACGACACAUUGCUGCGGAAACUACAUCAACAACAAGAGGCACGACGACUUCUAGUGAUGGUUAUGAAGAUGUUGAAGAGAGCGUUGCUGAAUCAAUGGAUUAA